AUAUCGUUUACAACGAAGUGCAUGACUCAGUUCUAGUUUGGUAUGUGAUGUGUGUGCCAGUAUAAAAGUGCCAGAGCGGGAGGUUUGUCCACAUAUCAUCUGACAACAUGAAGGUCCUGCUUCUCACGCUGCUGCUCCUGCUGCUGUGUAGCACUCAAGUGCUCACACUCAGAUGCUACACCUGUGAAGGCGAGAACGACGACGUCUGUAAGACUGAGACAGACUGUCCGGCAUCAGCUCAGUACUGCAAGACCUAUGAGAAACUUGAUGAAUUUUCUCGAACUUGUGAGGAUUUCUGUGCUGAGGACUUUUUCACAACCUGCUGCCAAGAUGACCUUUGCUAGACCCAGGCAUCACUCAGCAUUCACUUUCGCUUUCUGAUUAAUCAAAAUAGUAUGAAAAAAAUGAAUUACUUAAAUCUGAACAUAAUGGAAGAUGAUUUGUUAGUUUAGUUUAUAAGAUCUGAAUGUGACUACCCUGUCUUUGAUUUGUCUUGCUUUUAUUUGGAAUUUCAAUUAAAUCUAGAAAUGUCUCAUUCAUCAUCUCAGCCUUCUGCACAAACUGCACAACACACUGGUAUUCACAGCCAUGAUUUUUUUAAUGAACUAGAGCAGGAAGCAGGACAACCACACAUACACACAGUUAAUCCCUUCCUGAUGUCACUUAGUGGGUCACAGCAACAGCCUAUUGCAAUGUGGGUCGCUGUCUGUCUCUGCUGCAAUGCAAAGUUGGACUCCAACUGUUUCAUCUGUUUCCAAAUCCUUAAAUAAAAAAAAAUAUUUUAA